UGCGGCCCAAUUUAUUGGCGAAGCUGCUUCUCGUCCCUGACAGUGCUGCGCUUAUCUGACUGCAGCUACAGUUACACACAGUUUGAGUGGGCAUGACAAUCAAGCCAAUCUCACAAAAGCCAAAGUAUGACAAUUUUAUUUAUUUUACCCCACAUGCAUUCUCUCAAGCCAGAGAGAAUUUUAUUGACAAGAUGGUUCAUUUCCACAAAUUGUCCUCAAUCAUUUUCUAAGCCAGGGUCUCACAUUUGCUCAGAUCGAUAUCUCUCUGUGGAACAAAUCUUUAUUAAUAUUAUCUCCUCGUGGUUAUUUGUUCUUCUUAAGUAAAGUAACGUUAAGUAAAGCCCAGAAUGUCUACAAUGUCGGUCUUCAAACUGUCAACAACAAGCCAAGGUAAUAUGUACUUUGUCCCCGGUCAACUUUUGGAGUAGACCUAUAAAACCCCUCAUGCUUUGAAGGUGCCGUGAAACUGAACAGGAUGACCCCCUCCCAUCGUUGCAGGGAACAUCUUUAAAACGGCGGAUCUGCAUGGAUUCCCUUUGUGCUGUCCUUGUUGGCGUUUUCACCUUCAAACACCAAGGAUUUAACAAGAAAACAAACAAAAUAUCACGUCUAGAUGUCACAUAGCGCUUCAGCUAAAAAGGAAACGUCUCCUCCUUACAGUGGAAUACAACUCCAUAAGCUACAGCCUACUGAUGCUCUGCUGUGCACUACAGCAACAACCACGAGAAGGUUGUUUUGGCUUGAGGACAUUUCCUUCAUGCUGCCACGUGGGGGCGUGUUGUUGGUGAUGUGCCAGCAGAACUUGUGACCCGAAAGGCCACAGAGUCAACUGAGCGACCGCCUGAACAAACCCAGACUGCAGCAGGACAAUACAACCACCCCCUUUGCCAAAUGUAAAGAUUUACAUAUAUCUACAGUAUAGUUGCUGAAUCUUUUUAAGUUUAAACUGUAGUUUUCCUUCUCUGGCCCACUUUCCAGCACCAACAAUUUGAUAACUUCAUGGUAAAAGGUAAGACAUGAAUUCAAGUUUCUAAACACCAUGCCACAGUAACACCCCGGAUGAGAUAAGUCCUGUUCGGUUAUUUGGGAAAGUCAGAACCAGACGUGGAUGUAUUAAUGAAUUACUCUCUCUCCAACCCAGUCAUCUGUCAGUUAUUAAUUCCAGGUGAGAUAAGCCUUUCAGAUGAAUUCGGAGGGCGACGGCCAAGAGAGAGAAAGAGAGGAGCGGAGAGAGGCGGAUGGACGGGGGUAGGAGGUGGGCUACGGGCUGCAGACGCAUCCCGGGGGCUGCUGCACCAGGAGAGGCCACUGUCCCACACUCUUCCAAAGUCACUUUUAGAGACUUCCGGAGCCCCCUCCACACCCCCCCCCCCCUCUCUCUCUCUCCAACCCAGUCCUCUGUCGGUCCAGGUGGCACAGCGCACUUUGGCCGUGGGAUGCAGCCUCUCAUCUCCAGCACAUGGACAGCGGAGCUCGGAGCCGCCGCAGCAGCGCGCCACUGCCCCACCAGCUGAAGUCAGCACGUCUCCAACGGCGGAAAGAAGAGACGACGCUCCCGCGUUUCACUUUGGGACUGAUCAUUUAAAAAGGAUAUACUUCCAUAGCCGCUACUUUUCCUCUCAUUUUCCACACCGCAAGAGAGCAGAGCCAGUUGGGUUUCAAUGCGCAACCAUGCUCAUCAUUUCGUCCCGCAGCGCGCUGCUGUCCGUCUACUACCCACAGAUCUUCCUCAUCCUCACCAGCGGUAGCUACCUGACGCUGUCCUCCGUGGUGGCUCUGGGUGCCAACAUCAUCUGCAAUAAGAUACCGGGACUGGCCCCGCGCCAGAGAGCCCUCUGUCAGAGCCGCCCCGACGCCAUCAUCGUCAUCGGCGAAGGGGCUCAGCUGGGCAUCAACGAGUGUCAGUACCAGUUCCGCUACGGCCGCUGGAACUGCUCGGCCCUGGGACAGAGGACCGUCUUCGGACAAGAGCUGAGAGUAGGCAGCAGGGAGGCGGCGUUCACCUACGCCAUCACCGCGGCCGGAGUGGCCCACGCGGUGACCACGGCGUGCAGCCAAGGCAACCUCAGCCAGUGUGGCUGUGACCGCGAGAAGCAGGGCUACCACGACCAACCGGAGGAGGGCUGGAAGUGGGGGGGCUGCUCGGCUGACGUCAAGUACGGCGUGGAGUUCUCACGCCGCUUCGUGGACGCCCGCGAGAUCAAGAAAAACUCCCGCCGGCUGAUGAACCUGCACAACAACGAGGCGGGGCGAAAGGUCCUCCAGGAGGGGAUGAAGAUGGAGUGCAAGUGUCACGGCGUGUCCGGUUCCUGCACCACCAAGACCUGCUGGAUCACCCUGCCCAAGUUCAGAGAGAUCGGUCACCUGCUGAAGGAGCGCUACGGCGGAGCGGUGCAGGUGGAGCCGGUGCGCGCCUCGCGCCUCCGCCAGCCCUCCUUCCUGCGGGUCAAGGAGGCCCGGGGCUACCAGAAGCCCACGGACCGCGACCUGGUGUACCUGGAGCGCUCGCCCAACUACUGCGAGGAGGACGCGGCCACGGGGAGCGCGGGGACGCGGGGGAGACUGUGCAACGGCACCUCCAGCCACGCGGACGGAUGCGACCUGAUGUGCUGUGGCCGCGGCCACGACACGCGCCACUACACGCGUGUCUGGCAGUGCCACUGCAAGUUCCACUGGUGCUGCUUCGUCAAGUGCAGCACAUGCAGCGAGAGGUCAGAGGUCUUCACCUGCAAGUAGGGGAUGAGGAAGCAGCGAGGGAAGGGGGGGGUGGUGAAAAUGGACAACGGUUGAAGAGGGUUAGGAGAAAGGGGAGUUGGAAGUGAAGGAGUAUUUAUUUGCACAUUUUUACAUCCCUUUUUUGGAUUUCUUUCAUGAAAAAAUAAGACUGACCUGACGAUAAAAGGGUGCUAAAAUGAUGUGACAUGAUGCAAACAGAUUGCAGUUGAGAGGAUUUUUUUUUUGCCUUCAGCAAAAGUCUCUGGAAGACAACGUCUCACAUAGAAGAGAGAGAAGACUAUUACGGGAUCUCGAAAAGUUUUUUUUAAAGACGGCAAUUGGAAAAGGCUGUUACAGCAAUGCGCCGGAGAAAUUCAAAAGAUGGCAGAGGAAUACUAUUAAUUGUACGCUCACACUGUAUUCUGUUGGAACACUGAAAAUAAAAACACAGUAUUUAUGUAAAAGGAUCUUUCAAACUGUAGCUUUAAAGGAUGGAUCGACAUACUCAAUUGCUCUCGAACAUUCCACAUCUUUCAUGAUCUUAAAUUGCUACGGACACAUUUCAAGCGGGGAGUCGCCAAAUUUUCUCUCACGUGGAUUUGCGUUUUACAGCCACUACGCAGCUCUGCCAUUUCCUUUUUGUUCAUCGACCCGUUUCACUAUCACAUUUCUUUCUCUUUUUCCUGGAUCAUCAAGUUGUGUCGAUGAGCGCUGUGCUGACAUCCCUCUCACAGACAACCCCCCCCUCAGAAAACAGACCCUUUGUUACAGCCGGAGCCACAGAGGCAGACAGUUCUUCUUAAGCAUUCAACUUGCAUCCGGACCGUGCGCAUUGUCGUGUUUUCAGAGGCCUCCAGACUUUAGGGAAAAGCACGCAAGCCUCGAUGGAACGCCAGAGAGGCGCAAUCAGAGUUCAGAUACAUCCAACAUUCCCACGAACGACAAGAGACGUGGAAUUCCACACCAUGGCCUCUGCUUACACGAGGCCUUCCAGCGUGGUCCAGGCCGGCCCGGUGCAUCUCAUGUGACCCAACAACACAGAAGGGGGUACGAGAGGAUACAUAGGCCGCAAAGCUAUUUUUGGACUUUACCCCUUAAUGUAUGCAGAAAUGUUUAUUUAGGCUUUAUGUAACUUACUAAACAAUUUGAAGAGUUUAUUUUUAUAUGAGGAACGUGGCACUUUAAGUCAUUCAUAGAUGGAGCGGAAAGUGUUUUCAGUGUCAUCAUUGUAUUCAGAUUUGAGAGAUGCAACCUAUUUGGGAUUUAGGUUUUGGAUCAAAGAUUUGCUAAAUGGUGAAUGUGCCCCGUGUUUAACCAAAGUAGAACAGAUUGUCCAUCUCGAGAAUCCUUCACAAUUCAAUGGAGGUCACAGAAGCUUCCUCAAGUGCUGGAAGGUGCAGGACAGUCUGUGGAAACCACUGCUCACUAGUUGAGUAGAUGCGGAGAGUUGAGAGUAGAUAAUUCAUGGGAAGUGUCAGAACUAGUGCAUCUGUAGAGCUAAUCGUUACGACUAGUUUAGGUUUAUUUGUUCGGUGGCAAAAUCUAAGUCUGCAUCACUUACAAACAUAGGACAUGUGUAUUUUUUUUUUUUUUUACCAAUAAAAUUUGAGAAUCCUUCUA